AUGACUGUUCGCCGCCUCUACCACCAACUUCUCGCCAUCCUCCAACUUCCUUUUUUCUCCAUUCUCUACAGUCUUAUAGUCCUGCCCAUCUCCCGCUUCUGCCUCGCAACUUUCACCUCUUUUGAUCUGCUACUUUUUUGCUCUUUCGGCUGCUCUUCUACGAUCUACCUUUGCUUUACGACUUUUGCUUUUCAGCUCUUCAACCUACUCGUCUUCUUGAUCAGUUCGAAUUGCUCUUUAUUUUAGAUCUGGGUUAUUGGUUACGACUAGAGAUCGGCCUGUGUCUGGGGUCUAAGGCUAGGGUU